ACCCCCAGUGGUACAGAAUCUAAAGAAGCACUGACCGAGGAGGGGCACGAACGCAGAUCAAACCAGAGAAAAACUACACAAAGGGUUAAUUAUAAAAGAGGAACUCAACCUGGACAAAAUAUUAAAAAACCCCACUGACCAUGAACGCAGCAUCUGCAGAGAUCGACCAGGGUGAGGAACAAAACCAGAAUCAACCAGGACUAGGUGGAAGAAACCAUCAACAUUCGUCAAAGUCAGGUGUUAAGGGAGCGUCAACUAAUGUCUUGUAGGAAAGAAGAGUGAAAAAAAAGUUGUCGAUGAAAGGGAUAAAAACUGCUAAAUAAUAAUAGGAAGUGUUUAUUUGACAAAAACUUUUCUCUUUGACUGUACUUUUUAAAUAAAAAUACCAAAAAAUGUUUUCAGUCAAUGUUUAAUUUUCUAGGGAAUAAAAAAAAACUUCUACUAAAAAGAUGUUUUUUUUCCCCCAACAACAAAAACAGUAACAAUAACAACGAUAAGAACUGUUUCUGUUUCGUUGGUUCAGAGUCUCAGACGUCGUCGUCGUCGGGACUGAAACCAAAUGAAUUCACAACCAGUGAAAAUGUCUUUUGUUCGUGUAAAUUAUACAUAAAAAAAGAUAAGAAAAAAAACCCUGAACAAAAGCCGAGGAAGCGUGAGCUCACAGUCGUCUUCACACAUCGGUCCCUGAAGAAAAAGUCCGACACCGAAGAAAUAAAAGAACAGACGAAAAAAAGGAAAGAUUUAUGAGAUUUAACUUUCAAAAAAAGACCAUCAAUUAUACAUUUAAACCUAAUUACUGUUCCGUUCCUACGGAGACGGUCCUGACGAAACGUCUGCUGCUGUGAAGCCAAAAAAAACCUAAAAAAAAUCGGUACCAGGGUUCUGGGUUUGUAGAAAUUUACUGUAAGUAAACAGUUACUUUGACUGUUGUUGUUCGACAGGAAGACGAAUAAAAUAAUAAAAUCCACGAAUCAACCAGCCGGUAAAGAGGACUUGAACUGAUUCAAAGUGACGCUGCUCCAAUGGUUCCAGGAGUGAAUCGGUUCACGACCCAUCGUUCAUGUUUCCUUCGUUAGUUCUAAUUAAUUCACUGUCUUUUUGACUCAUUUGUCUCCACUCACGACAGCAGCAAUCUCCAUAUUUGUAAUUAACCAGUUAACCAUUUGGCUAACAGUUAGCUUAUCUUGUUUUAAUAUUGUUAUUAAAGUAUAUAUUAUAUAUAUUAAGCUAACUAGCAUACCUAGCCUAGGUUGUUUUGUUAUUCCGAUUCACCAUUCGUGGCUACUUGUUAGCUAACGUGACAAUAGUUUAGCUUCUGUUAACGUCAACCAGACCCCAGUUCAUCUGGAGUUCUGGUCCGUCUUCAGAUCCUGGAUCUGCUCCUCAGAGUCUCAUGUUUUUUUUCCUCUUCCCACAGGAACCAAACGGACGUCAGAGGCAGGAAUAAAAUGUCCGUUCUGUCGACGCUUCCCAGUGCGAGUCUUUCAGGAUAAUUCCAAAGUGUUCCUGGACAGAACUCCGGCCGACUGGACGCCAUGAAAACCAACCAGGUUCUUCUCCUGGUCCUCCUGCUGACGCUGUCGCUCCUGUGGCCCAGCACGGCUCUGCCUUUCACACCUGGGAAUACUGGAAAACUGCCGCCGACGUCCGAGGGAGACGGGAAGAUUCUUCAGCGUUCCAAACGUGGAUGGAUGUGGAAUCAGUUCUUUCUGCUGGAGGAAUACACCGGGAACGACCAUCAGUACGUGGGCAAGCUGCACACCAACGUGGACCGAGGCGACGGCAGCGUGAAGUACGUCCUGACAGGAGACGGAGCCGGGACGCUGUUCCUCAUCGACGAGAAGUCCGGGGACAUUCACGCCACCAAGAGGCUGGACAGGGAAGAAAAGGCCAUGUACACGCUCCACGCCAAAGUUCUGGACAGAAGAACCAACACCGAGCUGGAGCCUGACACGGAGUUCAACAUCAAAAUUCACGACAUCAACGACAACGCUCCAAAGUUCGCCAAGGAUAUUUACUUCGCCAGCGUCCCAGAAAUGUCGGAUGUCGGUACAUCCGUCGUCACGGUGACCGCCACCGAUGCCGACGACCAAACCUACGGGAACAGCGCCAAACUGGUGUACAGCAUCCUGCAGGGGCAGCCAUAUUUUUCUGUGGACUCGGAAAAUGGGACGAUAAAGACAGCACUGGCCGGCAUGGACCGAGAGGUUAAAGAAAACUACCAGGUGGUGAUCCAGGCCAAAGACAUGGCCGGACAGAUGGGCGGCCUCUCAGGGACCACCACGGUCAGCAUCACACUCUCCGACGUCAACGACAGCCCGCCACGUUUCGCUAACCAUUCCUUUCGUGUGACUGCCGUGGAAUCAACGGAACUAGGGGGCGCCAUAGGCCGCAUCAGGGCUGAGGAUCCAGACAGUGGGCGUAACGCAGAGAUGGAGUACACCAUCGUCGGAGGUCACGACGUUUUCAACAUCAUCACCGACCAAACGACACAGGAGGGCGUCAUCAUCAUCAAAAAGGCUCUGGAUUAUGAAAGUAAGCGGGAUUACGAGUUCAGGGUGGAGGUGAAGAACUCCUACUUGGACGCUAGGUUCAUCCACGGUUUGCAGUUCAAAGACUACGCCACGGUCAGAGUGACGGUGGAGGACGUGGACGAGUCCCCGGUUUUCACCAGGAACCCGUACAUCAUCGAGGUCCACGAGGACACGGCAGCCGGGAGCUUUGUGGGCGUGGUUUUGGCCCGCGACCCCGACGCCGACAACAAGCCGGUCAAGUACUCCAUCGAUCGACACACUGAUCUGGAGAGACUGUUCAACAUCGACUCUGUGAACGGAACCAUCACCACACUGAAGGCUCUGGACAGAGAAAACUCCAAGUGGCACAACAUCUCUGUGGUGGCCACGGAAAUCAACAAUCCCCGUCAGACCACCAGGGUUCCCGUCUUCAUCAAAGUGCUGGACGUCAACGACAACGCUCCGGAGUUUGCCAUGUCCUACGACACGUUUGUCUGUGAGAACGUUAAAGCGGGACAGCUGAUCCAGACCAUCUCUGCCGUGGACACAGAUGAGCCUCUGGUUGGACACAAAUUUGUCUUCAGCAUCAGCGCCAGUAACCCCAACUUCACCAUCAGCGACAGAGAAGACAACACUGCCAACAUCUACACCAGGAGAGGAGGCUUCAGCCGACGGGAGAUGAGCAUGUACUUCCUGCCCGUCGUGAUCUCCGACAACGACUAUCCCAUCCAGAGCAGCACCAGCACGCUGAUCGUCCGCGUGUGUGCCUGCGACAGCCGCGGGAACAUGCAGUCAUGUGACACGGAGGUGCUGCCCUUCUCAGAUGGUCUGACCACAGGAGCCCUGGUGGCCAUCCUGCUCUGUGUCAUCAUCCUCCUCAUGAUCGUGGUUCUGUUCGCUGCCCUGAGGAGACAGAGGAAGAAAGAACCUCUGAUCAUCUCCAAAGAGGACGUCAGAGACAACGUCGUCAGCUACAACGAUGAGGGAGGCGGAGAGGAGGACACGCAGGCCUUUGAUAUCGGAACUCUGCGCAACCCGGAGGUGAUGGACGCUAACAAGCUACGAAGGGACAUCAUUCCUGAAAUGCUGUUCCCUUUUCGGAGGACCUCACCCAUAAAAGACAACACGGACGUGAGAGACUUCAUUAACGGAAGGCUUCAGGAGAACGACUCAGACCCCACAGCGCCACCUUAUGACUCCCUGGCCACAUACGCUUACGAGGGCACCGGCUCUCUGGCGGAGUCCCUGAGCUCUCUGGAGUCCGCUGCCACGGAGGGAGACCAGGAUUACGAUUACCUCAGCAACUGGGGGCCACAGUUCAAAAAGCUGGCAGAGAUGUACAUCGGGAAGAGUCCCGACAGAGAGACCUGAACCAGAACCGCCCAGCCAGCCGGUCCAUGUGGACUGCAGAAGAGUUUACCGGGGAUACAUGGUAGCAACGAUGGUGAAGGGAUGGGACACAGGAAAUGAUGAGAAUCCUUUACCGCCACGUAGGACAGACCUGUGGACCUGUGGACCUGUGGACCGACCCACAUAGGUCCAUGUCCAAAACCACAAACCCUGGCUGGGGACCGUCUCUCUUUCUCUGUCCUCACAUCCACAUUCCUUCUUGUUUAGGACUCUAGCCACCUAACCAGACCAGUUCAGGCCCAUCCAUGUUAAUGGGCCAGAUCACUCAGUGGCCCACACCAACCACCACUUCUCCCACAGCCCAUGUGGGCCAGCAACAGCCAUAUGUAGUAUUAAGUGGAGCCUGAAUUUAAAAUGAAAGUACUUGUUUUUAGUGUUCUACAUCUGGCCCAUAUCUGACCACAGACCGGUUUAGUCCAGCUCAGAUGUGCCCCAUAGUAAGGAUACCAGAUCACAAGUGGUCCACCUUUACUGGAGUUGGGCCAGGUGUUGCCGUUCACACGGUCUUGUGUGUGGUACUCAUGGUGUAGUACAGUACACGUACUAGAUGUAGUAUAGUGCAGCUACGAGUUCUUAUAGGUUUAUAAAAAAAAAAAAACGGGCCGCACCAGUCGACUAGUCCACGUUAUGAGAAGGUCAUCAUUUCAUUCAUUUUAAAUAAUACAUUAUUUGUGAGUAUGGUUGCCCCCUGGUGGAUAAUCAACAGAGCUACAUCUAAUUACAAUUCCCAAUCCUUCCAUUUGUAAAAUUUAAAAGUGCAGGAGCUCAGUGUUUAUUAGUACACUGGUCCAUAUGGGCUACACACAGGAUGGUGUGACCAGGGUCCUGGUCUGGUUAGUCAACUAGUUAACUCCCGUCAAGUCUGUCUAACUGUCUGGUUAAAUCUCAACUAUCUGUUUGUCUGUCUAGUUUUCUAGCUAGCAUGCUAGUUAACUAGCCGUCGCGUUGAUUCUCAUGCAGCAGGUGUGAGUUUAUAAAACAAAAACCCAAGACUUCAACUGAUCUUCAGACUUUCCUCACCCACGGGGAGAUGGGAGGGAGAAGGGACAGAACUGACUCUCAAAGCUGUUUUUGCUGUUUUUUGGUCAUUAUCAGUGAAGAUGCCUUCGACUUUUAGGAUUUUUGUGAACAAUGGUGUGGACUACGUGUGUUUUUUGUAACGAGCGAUAGUGGUAUUGUAUACUAUCAAUGUUUAAAUGGCACUGGACUGGGUUUGGGUCUCUG